UUACAUUUGUUAUCAAUCCGGUCGCCUUGUCGGAACGCCCGCCACACCUCACGUCCAUACACCGGACGAAGAUGUCCGAUGACUGCUGACGAUUGUCGUUGAACGAAAAACCUUUUGGCGCCGUCUUCGGAACAAUUCAAUCGCGUUAAAUCGAAUCGCCGCUAGUAGCUGCUGCACUUACGGCCGACUGCCGAGACGAUCGGCGUCAUCACCGGACCGGACACGAGCACGCGCGCACGCACGCACCGCUGCGUUCUAAAGUAGACCGUCCAGAGCACGGCCGAGACUGAUAACCGCUCGAAAUGCUGGAAUGAAAUACCGUCGUUGUUUAUUGUAAAAUAAACGAUUAAGUUUGCGCAUCAGACGGAAUACAUAUCGUCGUCGGGUUUUCUUCUCUAUUCAAAGGACUAUAUAACGACGCUCACACUGUCGCAAUGGACAGUCGCGGCCGGAAAGUCAUCGUCUGCGAUAACGGAACUGGGUUUGUGAAAUGCGGCUAUGCUGGCACUAAUUUCCCUGCUCAUAUAUUUCCAUCAAUGGUCGGUCGACCGAUCAUUCGUGCACACAACAAAAUUGGUGAUAUUGAAGUUAAAGAUUUAAUGAUUGGUGAUGAAGCUAGUCAGUUACGAUCCAUGUUAGAUGUCACAUAUCCAAUGGAGAAUGGAAUUGUGAGGAAUUGGGAUGAUAUGUGCCAUGUAUGGGAUUAUACUUUUGGACCUAAAAAGAUGAACAUUGAUCCAAAAGAAUGUAAAAUUAUGUUAACAGAACCUCCUAUGAAUCCAAUAAAAAAUAGAGAAAAAAUGAUAGAAGUGAUGUUCGAAAAGUAUGAAUUUAAUGCUGUUUAUGUAGCUGUUCAAGCUAUUCUAACAUUAUAUGCUCAAGGUUUGCUUAGUGGAGUGGUUGUUGAUUCUGGUGAUGGUGUUACUCAUAUAUGCCCCGUGUAUGAAGAAUAUGUUUUACCACAUUUAACUCGAAGAUUAGAUAUUGCGGGUCGCGAUGUCACCCGUUAUUUAAUAAAGUUGUUACUAUUAAGAGGAUACGCUUUCAAUCAUUCAGCUGAUUUUGAAACUGUAAGAAUGAUGAAAGAAAAAUUAUGUUAUGUUGCAUACAACAUUGAGACUGAACAAAAAUUAGCUUUGGAAACUACUGUUCUUGUGCAAUCAUACACAUUACCAGAUGGUCGUGUUAUUAAAGUUGGUGGUGAAAGGUUUGAAGCACCUGAAGUAUUAUUCCAGCCACAUUUAAUAAAUGUAGAAGGCCAAGGUAUUGCAGAACUAGUGUUUAAUACAAUCCAAACAGCUGAUAUUGAUAUGAGAACUGAACUAUACAAACAUAUUGUGCUCUCUGGUGGUUCAACAAUGUAUCCUGGACUACCAUCAAGACUGGAACGUGAAAUUAAACAACUUUAUGUGGAACGAGUGUUGAAAAACGAUACAACUACCUUAUCAAAACUUAAAAUCCGUAUUGAAGAUCCACCACUGCGUAAAGACAUGGUGUUUAUUGGUGGAGCUGUAUUAGGUGAAGUAACCAAGGAUAGAGAAUCAUUUUGGUUAUCACGUGAAGAGUACCAAGACAGAGGAAUAUCUAUUUUGGAUAAGCUUGGGCCAAGAGCUGGAUAAACUGUUAUCUCAAUAUAACUGAAUAUAAAAUAUAAGCAAUACAUUUUUUUUAAACAAAGCCCAUAUUUAUUACCUAUUAAAACAAUAAACAAUGCGCUCGUAAAAUUGAACAUUAACUCGAAAUUGAUACGCUUUAUAAAAAUUACAAUUACAUUGAUUAUCUAAAUCAUAAAUUUAUAGGUAAAAACAACAAGCUUAACAUCUAUUCUAUAAAAUAUCUACUUCCAAUUUAAAAUAUGCCUUAUGUAUUAAGAAAGGUAAUUAAUAGUAAUAUA